AUGGUUCUUGGGCUUGUUGUGUCUAAUCAAUGGCUUGUUCGUCAAUUAGAUGUUCAGAACGCAUUUCUUCAUGGUUUUUUAACUGGAGAUGUAUACAUGAAGCAACCUGUUGGUUUUGUUGAUUUGAAGUAUCCCAAUCACGUUUGCAAGCUGCCGAGGUCACUUUAUGGUUUAAAACUGGCACCUCGAGCCUGGUUUAAACAGUUCAAUGAUUUUCUACUGCAUCUCAGGUUUCAAGAAUCCAAGUGUGACUACAGCUUAUUUGUGUAUAAACACAAUGGUGUCUUUCUGAUUUUACUUAUUUAUGUAGAUGAUAUUUUGGUGACUGGAAAUAAUUCUUCUCAGGUUAUGGUGCUUAUUCAGAGAUUGGGAAAAUUAUUUUCUAUGAAGGAUUUGGGUCGUCUAAAUUAUUUCCUGGGUAUUGAGGCUACUUAUGUAGGUUCCACGCAAAAGAAAUAUGCCUAUGAUCUUCUUACUCGCACUGGUUUUGCAAAUUCCAAGCCUAUAUCUACACCAUGUAUUUCUAGUCAGAAACUGAGUCUUCACUGUGGUGAGCCUCUUGGGGAUCCUUCUGAAUAUCGCCAGGUUGUAGGUGCCUUACAAUACCUCACUAUUACUCGGCCGGACUUAUUUUAUGCUGUGAACCAAGUGUGCCAGUUUUUGCACUCACCAACAACAGUGCACUGGCAGGCAGUGAAACGCAUUCUGAGGUAUUUGAAGGCCACAUAUGAUCAUGGGCUUCGGUAUCAACCUAGCAAACUUGAAUUGAAUGCUUAUUCUGAUGCUGAUUAUGUAGGGGAUCCUAAUGUAAGACAUUCUACUGGUGGUUUUUGUGUCUAUUUUGGUUUUAACUUAAUUUCCUGGAGCUCAAAGAAGCGUAAGACCGUUUCACGUUCUAGUACAGAGGUCGAGUACAAACAAUUAGCUUAUACCGCUGCUGGUUACGCUCCUUAUUCCGAGAUCUGUAUCAGGCACUUGUUUUCAAGCUUCCUGUUCUCCAAGGACCACUCAGCUUUAGGGGGGGCUGUUAGACCAAGGUCUGACAUGGAUAAGUCUACUGAGUUUUUGAAUUUGAAUGAUAGUUCUUUAUCCUUUGGUUCUUUUGAAUGA